CCACUCAUUGACCCUAAUUCCUAUAUAUACACUGAAAAAUUGCUCAAAUUUUAUCGCUUAAAAACUUACAUAUUGAUUUAAUUAGGCUCAUUUUUAAGGAAAGAGAUGGAAGCAAUAUCCAUUGGAUCUGAUCCUAAUCUUUAUUUUCAAGUGGUCAAGGAAAAAAUUAGUGAGGGAAUGAAGGGUUUGCAAGAUUUAGUAGUAUGCUACAAGGACAACUUGAUCCCAGAAAGUGCUGGAGUGGUUAAUGAAAUCAUGGCCUAUCUUCAAUCUCUUCAACGACAAGCACAGGUAUCAUUAAUACUAACAUGUUUAUUCGUCUUCAGGUUCUUUUAUUAAUCUUUGUUUACCGUCUAUAAGUUUCUUCCUCUUUAAUUAACUUUUCUGAUCUUCUGAUCAUCACACUAACAUGUUUAUCUAGAGUUUCCGGUUGUCGGAAUGGGCCGCCGGCCGCUGGAAUUUGAUGGCCAGAAAAGUUUUAGCAAGUCUAGGUAACGAUAUAGUAUCAUAAUGAUCGUUUCGGAAAUAUCUAUCUAGUCUUAUAUUUUUUAAAGCAAUCGAUGCCGCGUUUUGCCGGGAUCUGACUGGGAAAGUUUCGAGCGAAACUUUUCGAGUCAGAUCUUGGCUAAACGCCACAUGUAUGGCCGUUGAAAGUUACAUGGAUAUAUAGAAUUAUUAGAAAUAAUCAUUUUGGAACAAGAAUUGUUAUCAAAAAUUGCCUGAUAACUUUCCGAUCACUGGAUUCCUCGGGUCGGAUUCUGACGUCCAAUUGCUGGAUUUCUUUCUUUUUUCAUGUUAAUAUCAUCCAAAUGACAUAUUUUCUUAUUUUCUUGUUACCAUUACAAUUAUGAAGGAGAUUGAAUCUUUAACACAACAGAGAGAAGCACCUUUAUCUUCCAAUAUCAGUGGAGCAGAUCUGCACCAUGAACAGGACAUCACUCAAAUUAGAGAACAAAGUACCAAUUUGGGACCUACUCUGAAUCAAGAGAUUGAAGUGUUGAUGAAACUAAAUAUAGAGAACACAUCAAGUGCUAAAAGAAGAAAGUUGACAUCAGUUGUUUGGGAGCACUUCAUAAAGUAUGUAGGAAGUAAUGGGAAGGAAUAUGGCUAGAUGUAAAUACUGUGAGAAAGACUUUAUAGGUUCAAGUAAGAGUGGAACCACACAUCUCAAAAAUCAUUUAAGAAGUUGCCCGAGUUCAAAGAAUCCAGGUGUAGGUGCAGAAAAAGCAGAAAAGAAAAGUGUGAUUGAUCCAAAAUUGAAUGUCUCUGAUUUGGUGCAAAAGAUUAUUAAGUAUGGGCUAAACUGCAUAAAGAAUGAUAUACUAGAUGUUUACCAACAAGAGAAGGAAAAGCUCCAUAAAUACUUUGAUAAAAUGUCAUGUCGUUUUAGUGUAACAGCGGAUAGGUGUUCAUACAGCAAGGGUGAAGUUCUUUUUAUUGCAGUCUGCUUUAUUGAUGACAAUUGGAAAUUGAAGAAUAGGGUUAUUGUUUUGGAGAAUGAAGAAGUUUUAGAGUCUUCCACUGAAAAAUUUCUGAAGCGUUCUCUUCAAGAUUGGAACAUAGAUAAAAAUAUAUGUGCUAAACUUGGUGCUAAAAAUAGUGAUGAAUUUAACGAGUGGCUUACUGAAAGAGCUUCACUUCUUUUUAUUUGCAACGUAUUUCCAGUUUUUAAGUUUUUAGAUGAACUUGAAUCUUACAUAGGAUAUGCUGGGAUGAGAACAGAAUGGAACAGAGAUAUUUUAGAUAAAGCGUCGAAGAUUCUGAAGUACGCCAGGACGCUAUCAAAUGAAAAUAAGCUUCAAUAUGCGGUAGAAAAAGCUGUGUCCAUGGGCAAAACUGUAACUGAUCGAAGUGUUCCUACACUUUUGGUUAACUUCGAACUGCUUGAGUGUAACUUUGAACUGCUUGAAUGGGUAAUGGAAUAUAAAGAAGCAUUUUGUGAACUGGAGCAGAUAGAUCCUGAUUUCAAGUCUAUAAAUUUUAUCGAAGAGGAUUGGGAUAAAGCAACUGCACUUUAUAACUGUUGGAAAGGCAUAAAAGAUGCUGCUAGUAGCUUGUCUGAUUGCAAAUAUAAUACUGCAAAUGUGUGUUUUCCCAUCGUUUGUGACAUAUUUUUUAAAUUGUGUCAGUGGGAAAAAAGUGACAAUCGUUAUGUUUUUAAGAUAGCAUUAGGUUUGAAAAGUUGUUUUGAUGAAUAUUGGAGUAAUUCUAACUUGCUCUUAGUAAUUACGGUAAUUCUUGAUCCACGGUUCAAAAUGGACAUCAUAGAGCUUUGGUACAAAAUGAUUUACGGUUAUGAUGCAGAAGCCCAGUUUAAGAAAAUCCGUGAUGUUGUAACUGAUAUUUUUAAUGAAUAUGCAAAGGGGGCUAACAGUUUCAAAUCAUCAUCUAUUGCGGACCGUGGUGUUAGGAAUUCUUCAACUCCAUUCAAAAUGCUAGACAGCAUGGGGAGGCCAUGUAAAUCUUCAGAACGUAUUAAUGAUGUUACUUUACCAACCUCAGAACUUGAACGCUAUUUGGAAGAUUCAAAAUUCCCUGCAGUUACAGAUUUUGACUUACUAGCGUGGUGGCAUGUCAACUCCCCAGCUUAUCCGACACUCGCAAGGAUGGUGCGGGAUUUCUUUGCAAUACCUGUUGCUGCUCCAGUUGAAUAUUUAGAUUCUUCCUUAGCAACUGAGAUUGGAAAUAUUUUUUAUUUUAGCAACCUAGAUUAUGACUUAAGGGGAGCUUUGGCUUGUACAAAGAUUUGGUUGCACUAUACUUCUGAAAAUUAAUAAUAAAGUUACUGAAACAACAGUGAAAGUUCUCCUUUCUCUUUUUACUUAAA